GAAACUGAACGCAACGUACACCUAGAUUUACGACGUGUAUAUCUACACGGCACACAUUUCAUCUCUCUCUCUCUCUCUCUCUCUCUCCUGCUUACAUAUAUCAUUUGUAGCACUAGUUUGUGUAUUUGAGUUUCAGAUCUUCUGUUUAAUCCAUUUACUUACUUGCGUCUCCUGUUUCUUCAGAUCCUGUUUCUCUGAACUCAAUAUUUGCUGAUAUUAACCCAUUUUUUGGAUUUUAUUCAUUAUAUUUCUUAAUUCGCAAGAAAUAUAUAUUUAUAUUUUCAGUUUCAGUGCUUGAAUUCAGCUUUGCAGUUCGGUUAUCAAACAGAUUGCAACAAUGCAGCAGGACCAGAAAAACAAAAGUUCACCAGAGAAAGAUUUUUUCUCAGAAUAUGGUGAUGCCACCCGAUACAAAAUUCAAGAGGUGAUUGGCAAGGGAAGCUAUGGUGUUGUUUGCUCAGCGAUUGACACCCAUACUGGCGCUAAGGUGGCAAUAAAGAAAAUUCAUGAUAUUUUUGAACAUAUCUCUGAUGCUGCUAGAAUUCUUCGUGAGAUAAAGCUGCUUAGGCUUCUACGACAUCCAGAUAUAGUGGAAAUCAAGCACAUUAUGCUUCCUCCAUCUAGAAAGGAUUUUAAAGAUAUUUACGUAGUUUUCGAGUUGAUGGAAUCAGAUUUACAUCAAGUCAUCAAAGCCAAUGAUGACUUGACAAAAGAACACUAUCAAUUCUUUCUUUACCAGUUGCUAAGAGCUUUAAAGUAUAUUCAUACAGCAAAUGUUUAUCAUCGAGACUUGAAGCCUAAAAAUAUUUUGGCAAAUGCAAAUUGUAAGCUUAAAAUUUGUGAUUUUGGGUUGGCGAGAGUUGCUUUCAAUGAUACACCAACAACUAUAUUUUGGACGGAUUAUGUUGCGACACGAUGGUAUAGGGCUCCAGAACUAUGCGGGUCUUUUUUCUCAAAGUAUACGCCUGCAAUUGAUAUAUGGAGUAUUGGCUGCAUUUUUGCGGAGGUUCUAACAGGGAAGCCACUCUUUCCUGGAAAGAAUGUUGUUCACCAGCUGGAUUUAAUGACAGACAUGCUGGGGACACCGGCAAUGGACACUAUUUCCGGAGUUCGGAAUGAGAAGGCUAGGAGAUACCUUUCUACCAUGAGAAAAAAGCAACCUGUGCCCUUGAGCCAUAAAUUUCCUAAUGCAGACCCUUUAGCACUGCGGUUGUUGCAAAGGCUACUUGCUUUUGACCCAAAAGACCGGCCAACUGCUGAAGAGGCACUUGCUGAUCCAUACUUCAAAAGGCUUGCCAAAGCUGAUAGAGAACCUUCCUGCCAACCUAUUUCAAAGAUGGAGUUUGAAUUUGAGAGACGAAGGGUUACAAAGGAAGAUAUCCGUGAAUUAAUAUUUCGUGAGAUACUUGAAUACCAUCCUCAGUUGCUCCAAGAUUAUGUGAAUGGAACAGAGAGAACUAAUUAUCUGUACCCAAGUGCUGUUGACCAAUUCAAGAAACAGUUUGCUCACCUUGAAGAAGGUAGUGGUAAAACUGGUCCGGUUAUCCCGCUCGAGCGAAAACAUGCCUCCCUCCCCAGGUCUACAAUUCUGCAUUCUAAUAUAAUGCCGCCCAAGGAGCAGCAGUCAAAUGCUUACAUUACAAAAGAUCGACAACUCAAAGAAUAUUCCUGCAAUAAUCACUCCAAAUUUGGAGAUGACAUUCCUGGAAGUCUGUCUAAAACCUUACAGGCAGCAGCACCACAGAGGAUUCCACAGGCCAAACCAGGAAGAGUAGUGGGGACACUCCCACCUUAUGAAAAUGGAAACCUGAUUAAUGAAGCCUAUGACCCCAGAUCAUUGAUAAAAAGUACAGCCGUUCCCUCGCAGGUUAUUCCUCCAGCAUACUGCUACCGUCGAAACAGCACAGUAAAACAAGAAAGAUCAGUGGAGACGGAGAGGAGCUUGUCAUCACAAACCAACCAAGUCCCACAAAGUAGCAUGGCUACCAAAGGACGUUCAGAGAUAGCCAUAAACAUAGAUACCAAUCCAUUUUACAUGACAAGGGCAGGAAUAAAUAAGAUAGAUCAUGCUGAUGAGAGGACAAGCAGCAGCCCAAACUUGUUGCAGCCCAAAUCACAAUACGGCAGGAUCAGUAAAGAUUCCUCUGCUCACAGAAAUGUGGGAGCUGUUCAGGUUGGCAUGACUAGGACAUACUAAAUAGGAUGUCAAAAUGGGUACUUCCGUUGUGUGUACAUAAAUCAGGGCAGUGACACCUGCCUUUGAGGGCCAUGAACUGGUUGUCCGCACUCCGCACAUAUAUACAUUUAGAGACACAUGGAUGUCUCUUUGGCGCAAAUUUAUGUGUUCUCGUGUGGGAGUUAGUGCCUGGUGUAUAUUUCUGGGAGAUUACUACUCAGGCUUCUUCCAGUUCAUUCAUCUUCGGGUUUAGGGCAAAACCAAUAUGUUCAAAUGUUAGGAGACACAACAAAGAACCAAUAUACUUGCUUGGGGAGACCAGACAUUAGAGAAGGAAAAAAAAGAAUUGGGAAGAAAUAAAGUGAUCAUUUUUUAAAGUGGUGCCGUGCUUCUUGUAUAUGUAUGUUGCUCUGUACUCUGGGAUGUUGCAUUGUUCUGAACAUGCUCUAAACACUGUCAUGAUAUCAAGUUUAUUUUUCUGCUCAA